UCCAAAUUUCUUCCCCAAAACCCUACCCCUCUUUGCCGGCGAGAGAGAGCUCCCGAUGGCCGCAAUCAGUCUCCGGAAGGGCAACACGCGCCUGCCGCCGGAAGUGAACCGCGUCCUGUACGUCCGCAACCUGCCGUUCAACAUCUCGAGCGAGGAGAUGUACGACAUCUUCGGCAAGUACGGCGCGAUACGGCAGAUACGCAUCGGCACGAACAAGGACACGCGGGGGACGGCGUACGUGGUGUACGAGGACAUCUACGACGCGAAGACGGCGGUGGAUCACCUGUCCGGGUUCAACGUGGCGAACAGGUACCUGAUAGUGCUGUACUACCAGCAGGCCAAGAUGGGCAAGAAGUUUGAUCAGAGGAAGAAGGAGGAGGAGAUUGCUAAGAUGCAGGAGAAGUACGGCGUUUCGACUAAAGAUAAGUGAUUCCCCUCUGUUGUUUGUUUCGGCGAGUUUUCGAUUUGGUGUUAGGGACUUGUGUUUAUCUAGGGUUUGUGUUUGUGUGUGUUGAAAUUUGGAGGAUUUAUCGAAGUUCCGGUUAUGUUUAAUGUAAUGUGAUGCGAUGAUGGUUGAUGUAAUGUGAUAUGGAAGAAAGCUCAGAGAAGCAAUAGCUGAUGAUAUUUUCUGUUUGGUUAUGUAGAAUUUGUUCUUGGUUUGAGUAAUGUU